AGUGGCUAACUGGCUGGCACUGAGCUCUGAGCUCUGAUCUGCCCACUCUGAUGGGGUUUCAUGUCCUUGCAGGCAGUGCUGGGGAUUCUGAGGGCAACACUGAUUUCUGCUGCUGAUCUUGUCGCAUCUAUUUCGCACCUAUCGACCAUAAAAGCCAAUAAUCAGUCAGGACAAGCUACUCUGAGCCUCAUUAAUGGCAAAUGGAUCAUCAACCAGUGACAGUCACCACAAGCCAAAAAGGGAGUUAAGAGAACACUGAAUGCGAGCGGCUCAGAGAUCACUGGCAGAUAUGAGAGUGAUACUGGUGUGUGCCCUCCUCUCCCCUCUGUCUUUGUCACAUGCCUGUCCAAAGGAGUGCAGCUGCAACAGCAACACCAAAGUAGUUGACUGCAAGGGUCGAGGCCUUUAUGACAUCCCACGUCGACUUCACCCUGACACCCAAGAACUGUAUCUCCAGGAUAACCGUAUCAGAGGGCUGGGAUCAAUGGCUUUCAGGGAAAUACCCCUUGUUCGCAUUCUAGAUUUAUCUAAUAACUCUAUAACAUCUAUUUCACCCACUGCUCUGCUCGGCGUGAGAGCUCUGCAGCGCCUCAGCCUGGCAUACAACAGCCUGAGAGAGCUUGACAAGAGGCUACUUGGACCCAUCCGCUCACUUUCACAUCUUGACCUCUCACACAACAGCCUGUGGGGAUUUCCUGGAGCCUUGGGGGAUAGUUUGAGGAACCUCAGCUACCUGGGGUUAGCCAACAACAGGCUAACAAGACUGGACCGUUCGCUUUUGGAGGCCCUGACCCGCCUGGACAGCCUCACUCUACGAGGCAACCCCUGGCGGUGCGACUGCCAGCUGAUAGGCCUCAAGCUCUGGCUGGAGACGUACCUUUUUAAAGGUGGAGUGCUGGAUGAAGUGCUUUGUUCCCAGCCAGAAGAAAUGAAGAACAAAGACCUGCAGAAAAUCCCUUAUGAGCUCUUCCAUGCCUGCAUGACUACAAGCUACCACUACCUGUUUGCCAACAUUCAACACCUGGAGUCUGAGAGGCUGCUGCGAGGCCACACCCAUGGCAACCAUGCUCAUCCCUCUAUCCACGCUCUCCACGUCCCCAUGGGGAUGGGAGAGGGUUUUGGUGGUGGGGGAGGAGGAGCAGGAGGAGGGGGGGGCAUGACAGAAUGUGAAACUAAGCAGAAGAAGCAGCCUGUCAACUUGCGCCACGCUAUUGCCACAGUGAUCAUCACCGGUGUGGUGUGUGGGAUAGUGUGUCUGAUGAUGCUUGCUGCUGCAGUGUAUGGAUGCGCCUACGCUGCUAUCAUGGCCAAGUAUCAACGGGAGUUAAAGAAGAACGAGGAGCUGGCUGCAGCCCAGGGAGCAGAUCAUGCCACGGCAGAUGAGAAGGAACCACUGGAGAACGCCAUCGCCUAGGAAAACUAUCAAAUCUACCCUGGACUUAAAACCUGUACUUUGCAGGCUUUAGCCCUUUAACCUAAUUGUCUCUGGGCGCAAUAUGUGGGUUUGUGCAUGUAUGUUUCUGAGAAAAAAAAAAAGGAGAAGAAGAGACUGUGAAGCUAUUUAUAUUUCCAUGAAUUCACCUCAUAUCUGGGAUUUGGGUAGCUAAAUUCCACAGGUACUUGACUAUGCACCGAUGAGAAGAAUAUCUUCUACCGUUUGAGAGGCUGGCCAAAGACUUCAAACAUUUACUUUUUUAUUGCCCAGGAAAUGCAUAUCAAAGAGAGGAGCAAACUGCUAUAUAUAUUUAUAACUGUGUACUUGUAGGUAUUUGUAAUGUAAAGCUCUGGUAUUUAAAAAGUGGAUUGGCUGUCUUUUGCUUGUUGAUCAUAAACCUGAG